GAAUGGGUUAUUCCCAUGAUUGACAUAGCCGUUGAUGGUCGUCGGCUUCACCUGUGCAAUGACACUUGUUCGGCCCUGGUUGAUACUGGGACGAGCCUCGUCGUUGGCCCGGUGCACAGCAGCAUUGAGCUCAUGGGUGCUCUUGAGACGGACGACUGUAGAGGGCCUAAUGUAGUUCAGAAGUCUGCCUCUUGUUACAGCGACCCUGCUUGUGCUGGUGUCAAUGAACGGUGUUCAG